AUGUCGCUGACUGGCUCAAUCAUGGUGGCGGCGGUACUUCAGAUGUUAAUCGGCGUGACGGGGCUUGUAAGCGUGCUUCUCAAGUUCAUAGGGCCGCUCACUGUGGCGCCUACCAUCAUGCUGAUGGGGCUAUCAGUGGCCGAGACCGGCUUCGAACUAUCUGGAAAACACUGGGGCAUCUCUCUUGGUACGAUUGUGUUGAUCAUCCUGUUCUCAGAGAUUAUUCCAAUCUUUAAAUUCCGAAAUCUGUUCGACAGAAAGAGUGACCAGAAAAUCGAGUUCGUCCUUCAUAAGUUAUUUUCCGUCAUCCUGUCCACGUGUAUCAUGUGGUUCCUCUGCUACAUCCUGACGGUGACUGGCGCAUUUCCGGAGAAGGGUAACUAUGGUUACGAAGGCCGGACGGAUCUCCGCCUUGACGUCAUUCAAGAGGUUGCGUGGGUGAGAUUCCCGUAUCCAGGUCACUUCGGAACACCGAAGUUCAACUCGGCUUUCUUCGUAGCGAUGAUCGCCGGCGUGAUCACAUCCGUCAUCGAGAGCAUCGGCGACUACUUCACGUGUGCGCGACUUGCCGGCGCACUUCCGCCUCCGCCUCACGCCAUUAAUAGAGGUAUAUUUAUGGAAGGUGUGGGUUGCAUUAUAUCGGCAGCCGUCGGGACGGGUUUUGGAGUGACGUCGUGCAGUCAAAAUAUAGGCGUUAUAAGUCUCACCAAGGUUGGCAGUCGCCGCGUUGUAAUUGUGGCGGGAAUCACCAUGGUAGUGUUCGGCUGCUUCGGAAAAUUCAUCGGGGCUUCCUUCCUCAUCUACAUGCCUGACCAAAUCAACGGUUCAUGCUUCCUCGUGCUUUUCGGUGUCCUGACAGCGGUGGGCGCGUCCAAUCUCCAGUACGUGGAUCUAAACUCUUCUCGGAACCUCGUCGUGUUCGGCAUCUCCCUCUUCCUGGGCCUCAGUUUUCCUAACUGGGUCAUGAGGAAUGAGGCCCUCAUUAGAACCGGUAACACUGACCUAGACCAGGUACUUCAGGCCCUUCUUGCCAACAACAUGUUCAUGGGGUGCUUUUCAGCGCUUGUUCUAGACAACGUGAUACCCGGGACUGACGACGAACGAGGCAUUGUAAUUUGGCGAGAAGUUCCGAGCGAUACCGAUGAGGAAAGCGAAGAUAUAAAUAUGGUCAAUAUGAACCUCUCCAUGAAAACGUACGAUCUGCCGUUCGGAAUGAACCUUAUACGCAACUUCCGGUGGGGAAAGCACGUGCCCAUCUUUCCAACAUUCGACGGCUUCGAUAACGUGCGAUGCCCGUGCAAAGGUUCUCCCCUGUACCUUGAGGACUUCGAAGUGGUAUUGAAACAUGAUAAGAACGGAAGUGUGGAAAACGGCACGACAAAAGUAUGAAUGGGGAAAUGAAAGAGAAAGAAAUCAAGUUAUCGGAGUUUUGAUUUACGAUAAACUUGCUUACAAGAAGACUCAUUGUUGUAAUGUGGUUAAUAUAGACGAUCUGUUGGAAAUUGAAACGUCAGCCGUUUAUAUUAUGGGUUGACUGUGAUUAGCAAUAACGAAUUUGUAUUGCCAAUUUUGCUUUUUGCGGUAUUGAUUUUUUGGU